ACAAGCACAGUUCUAAUCCUGAUUCUGCCUAGCAUACAUGACAGCAGAAAGAAAGAGAGUUUAGCUAGUCUUUCUCAGCUGCUCACCACCAGUCUGCAGACAUGAAUUACAUCAAGUAGGCUCUGCUGGGCAGCGAGGGAGCAGGGAAAUCAGUGUUUUUUCCGGCGUCCUGGAACGCACCCUGUCCGGUUGCCGGGCAAUGUAGCCAGUUGGGUGUUCUGAUUACCCGCACCUGUAUCCCAUCAGCUAUCUGCUCACCUGGUCCUGAUCAUCAUCUCUCCUCUUCAUAAGCCCGGACCUGACAUCCAUUCCCUGCCGGAUCGUUAGCCAUGAACAUUACUCACCCGGAUCAUUUACCCCAUUCCCGCCUGGUCGUCGGAGGAUUCCGCUACCCCAUUGGAUCCACCUAUUUACUCCCAUCAACUCACCACCGCUGCCCGCUACGCCACCUGGAUAUCUCUACCCAUUCACAUUCACUUGUAAAUAAAUACUCACCUUCUUCCUACUCUCCUUGUCCUGGUCUGCUUCUGGGUUAGAUUUUGAAAGAACGUGACAGAACGAUCCGGCCAAGGAUGAACCCAGCGGACCUGGACUCUGUUUGCCAUGCCAUUACCCAGCAGGGGAAGACAUUGGGACAACACAAGAUGGCGCUACAGGAGAUGGCGGGUUCAAUCCAGAACUUAUCUGCUAGCUUGACACAAAUCCAGGAUCAGCUCAGUUUGCCGGUGAUUCAUUCACCACCUGUUUCACCCAUCUCACCUGCCGUGUCUGGUGCGGUUUCCUUCCGUGAACCCAAGGUACCGACGCCUGAUAAAUAUGAAGGGGAUUUGGGAAGAUGCCGUUCGUUUCUUAUGCAGUGUGGGUUAGUGUUUGAUCUGCAGCCCCAUUCUUACGCCACUGACAAGGCUAGGAUAGCCUUUGUUAUUGAACUGCUGCGUGGAAGAGCUCUGGAAUGGGCUUCAGCCGUUUGGGAACGACAGGAGACCUGUAUGGCUUCAUACCAGGAGUUCACAGGAGAGAUGAGAGCUUUUUGACCAUCCAGUCCGAGGUAAGGACGCAGCUAAACGUUUGUUCACUCUUCGCCAAGGAGCUCGCAGUGUGGCAGACUUUAUGAUCGAGUUCAGGACAUUGUCUGUGGAGAGUGGUUGGAAUGAGGAGUCACUACAAGCGGCUUUUUACCAGGGGUUGUCGGAGCAACUCGAGGACGAGCUGAUAUCCUAUCCAGAGCCUAGUGACCUCGACAGCUUGGUCACUUUAUCUAUUCGGGUCGAUAAUAGAGUCCGAGAGAGAGGAGGGAGAAGCAGUGGGGCCCAUCCAAUCAAUCAGCAACUCUGUUACCAUUCGGUUCAGGAAGUGAACCAGAACGUAUUGAUCGUUAUUCCCCACACGGGAUUAGUGGAGGGGUCUUGCCACCAGAUCCUGAACCAAUGCAAGUGGGGCGACACGGGCUAACUAAGGAGGAGCGCCAACGUAGACGUGAGACCAACAGCUGUCUCUACUGUGGUAGCUCGGGACAUUACAUCUCCGCUUGUCCACAGCGCCCGUUAAACUGCCCGGCUCGCUAGUUUUGGGAGGAAUUUUAGCGUGCCAGUUUCAACCUCUCAAAGAUCCUGUCAGACUCCGUUUUCCUGCGACCCUUAUGAAUAAGGAUCAGAGCUUAGAGAUGAACGCUUUUAUCGAUUCAGGUGCCGAUGGCAGCUUUAUUGAUGCCGACUUGGUGGAACAGCUGGGGCUUUCCAAGGAGCAAUUGCCGGAAGCCAUUGAAGCAACCACUCUGAACGGCAGUAGUCUGGCACGGAUCACUAUGAGGACUGAACCGGUUAAGAUGUUGUUGUCAGGGAAUCAUUCAGUUUCGCUCCUUCUUCAUUCUGUCCUCGCCCCAUGUUCCUCUGGUUCUUGGUUACCCCUGGCUGAAGGAACACAAUCCCUCGUUUGAUUGGGUGACGGGUAAGGUAACGAGUUGGAGCAUUGAUUGUCAUGCUAACUGCCUUAGGACUGCCUGUUCUCCUGCCGUUUCCAGUCAGGUCAGUGACUCUGCUCCUCCUGAUUUGUCCCUGGUUCCAGAAACAUAUCACGAGUUGGGUGAAGUAUUCAGUAAACAGAAGGCUCUGUCCCUUCCUCCCCACCGACCUUAUGACUGUGCGAUUAAUCUGUUUCCUGGAGCUGCCUUUCCCAAGGGACGGUUAUACAGUAUCUCUCGACCUGAACGUGAGGCCUUGGAGACCUACAUCAAGGAGUCUCUAGCUGCAGGUCUCAUUCGGCCCUCGUCAUCACCUCUGGGAGCAGGAUUUUUCGACCGUGUAUUGAUUAUCGGGGUUUGAAUGAUAUUAUGGUCAAGAACAAGUAUCCCCUGCCCUUGAUGAGCUCGGCUUUCGAUUCUUUACAGGGUGCUACGGUUUUUACGAAGCUUGAUUUACGUAAUGCUUAUCAUUUGGUUCGGAUCAAAGAGGGGGACGAGUGGUUGACUGGGUUCAAUACUCCGAUGGGACAUUUCGAGUACCAGGUGAUGCUGUUUGGACUGACCAACGCUCCUGCUGUGUUCCAAAGUAUGGUGAAUGACGUUCUGAGAGAUAUGAUUGGUAUUUUUGUGUUCGUUUGCCUGGAUGAUAUCCUCAUCUUCUCGAAGGAGCUUUUAGCCACGUUCAGCAUGUCAAGCAGGUCCUGCAGCGGUUAUUGGAGAACCGUCUUUUCGUGAAGGCUGAGAAGUGUGAAUUUCACGCCCACACGACGUCCAUCCUCGGGUUACAUCAUCUCCAGGGGAGAGAUCAAGAUGGACCAAGAGAAGGUUCGGGCGGUUCGGGAUUGGGUCCAGCCCGGUACGAGAUUGCAGCUCCAGAGAUUCCUGGGGUUUGCAAAUUUUUAUCGGAGGUUUAUCCGUGAUUACAGCCGGGUGGCCGCCCCUUUAACUGUACUGACGUCUUGCACCAGAAAGUUCUGUUGGUCUCCUGAGGCAGACCGAGCAUUUCUAGAUUUGAAGAGCCGAUUUCUCUCUCAACCUGACACUUCCCGUCAGUUCGUUGUGGAGGUGGAUGUGUCUGAUGUGGGGGUGGGCGCCAUCCUGUCCCAGCGUAGCUCCACUGACUGUAAACUCCAUCCCUGCUCCUUCUACUCUUGUCGUCUUUCUCCAGCUGAAAGAAACUACGAUGUGGGUAACCGGGAGCUUCUCGCUGUGAAGCUUGCCUUGGAGGAGUGGCAUCACUGGUUGGAGGGAGCGGAGCAACCGUUUGUGGUCUGGACUGACCACAAGAAUCUGGCUUACGUGCAAUCGGCUAAACGUCUCAACUCCAGUCAGGCCCGGUGGGCUUUGUUUUUUGGACGCUUCAAUUUUUCCCUGACGUUCAGACCUGGGUCGAAGAACGGGAAGGCGGAUGCCCUGUCCCGGAUGUUCUCCAAGACUGAGGAGAGUGGGGCCAAGACUGAGACGAUUCUUCUGUUGGUAACACGGUUAUUCUGACCAUUGUGGAUAGAUUCAGCAAGUUUGCCCACUUUGUUCCCCUCUCCAAGCUGCCUUCUGCCACUGAGACGUCCGAGAUCCUGGUUAGGGAGGUGUUCAGGGUCCACGGGUUGCCCUGUGACAUUGUUUCUGGCCGUGGUCCUCAGUUUACCUCUGCUGUCUAGAAAUCCUUCUGUUUGGCCAUUGGAGCUACAGUCAGUCUCACAUCUGGAUUUCACCCCCAAUCUAAUGGUCAGGCGGAGAGAGCCAACCAGAAGAUGGAGUCCACGCUGCGCUGUCUUGUUUCCUCUGAUCCCAUCUCUUGGUCCUCUCAAUUACCCUGGGUCGAGUAUGCUCAUAAUACUCUCCCUUCAUCUGCCACUGGGAUGUCUCCCUUCCAGUGCCUGUAUGGUUACCAACCUCCCUUGUUUCCUUCUCAGGAGCGGGAUCUCUCGGUUCCUUCUGUCCAGACCCACAUUCGUCGUUGCCACUGCACCUGGCAUCGGGCCAGGAAGGCCCUCAAGGUUUCUGACCGGUAUCAGAUCCAGGCGAAUCGUCGCCGUAUUCCUGCCCCCGCUUAUACCGUCGGAGAUAGGGUUUGGUUGGCUACACGGGAUCUUCCUCUACGGACUGAGUCGAGGAAACUGUCACCGAAGUUCAUUGGUCCGUUUGUCGUGAAGAUCAUUAAUCCUGUUGUGGUCCGACUCAAGUUGCCUGCUACACUAAGAGUACAUCCCACCUUUCAUGUCACCUGCCUCAAGCCGGUUCUCCUCAGUCCUCUGUUGCCUCCUCCUCGGAUGAUCGGAGGUGGUCCUGUCUACACGGUGCGCCGCAUCAUGGACUCCAGACGGCGGGGUCGAGGGUCCAGUAUUUAGUGGAUUGGGAAGGAUAUGGUCCUGAGGAGUUGGAUUCCUCGGCUCCACCCUGGCGCCCCGGGUAGUCCGCCCGGUGGCGUUCGUCGGAGGGGGGGUACUGUCACGAAUCCCGUUUCCUGAGUCUGUUUUUUGCCUGUUCUGUCCUGGAGUUUUUUAUUUAUUUAUUUUUUCCCCGGCGUCCUGGAACGCACCCUGUCUGGUUGCCAGGCAAUGUAGCCAGUUGGGAGUUCUGAUUACCCGCACCUGUAGCCCAUCAGCUAUCUGCUCACCUGGUCCUGAUCAUCAUCUCUCCUCUUCAUAAGCCCGGACCUGACAUCCAUUCCCUGCCGGAUCGUUAGCCAUGAACAUUACUCACCCGGGUCAUUUACCCCAUUCCCGCCUGGUCGUCGGAGGAUUCCGCUACCCCAUUGGAUCCACCUAUUUACUCCCAUCAACUCACCACCGCUGCCCGCUACGCCACCUGGAUAUAUCUACCCAUUCACUUCUGUUCUGGUAAGGUUCCUGACUAAACGUUUCAUUGGAGAGUAUGCCUCCAACGCCAAGUGGAGAGAGCAGAUGUAUCCUGGAAGAGCCGGUGGAGUGGGCCGAUGGAUUUAUCGUGGUGUACAACAUCAGCUACCGAAUGUCCUUCCUCAAAGCCCAAAAUAUCCUAUGUCAGAUCAAAGAAGCCCACGGAGAGAGCUGCAAGGGAGAGAUGGACAAGAUGGACAUCCCAAUCUGCCUGGUGGGGAACAAGCAGGACCUGUGCCACGCCCGUCAAGUGUUUGAGGAGGAGGGCCGUGCCUUGGCUCAGGAGCACAGAUGCCACUUCCAGGAGGUGUCUGCAGCAGAGGACUACCGGGAGAUAUCCAACCUCUUCACCAAGCUCAUCCGCCACGUCAUGGAUCACCUGAAGUACCGGGCCGACCUCCACCGCUACAGUGGCUCUAAGUCCAUGGCCAAGCUCAUCAACAAUGUCUUCGGCAAGAGGAGGAAAUCUGUCUGAAGGUGGGGUGCUCAUGUGGAUGUUGAUGGGAUGUUUGAUUGGGAUGACAUGUGUUUAUAUAUUGUGGAUGCCUGGGUUGUUGAUUCUGAUGAACACUUAUUGUGAUAGGGACAGGGACAGCUCUGUAAAUUUGAAUGACAUACGUCAUAGUCCAGACUUUAGUGGUGGAAAAAGUACUCAAAUGUCAUACUUGAGUAGAAGUGAAGAUGUCUUAAUAGAAAGUAAAAGUGAAAGUCACCCAGUAAAAUACGACUUGAGUAAAAGUCUAAAAGUAUUUGGUUUUAAACAUACUUAAGUAUCAAAAGUAAAAGUAUUAAUAAUUAAAAAUGCCUUGUAUUAUGCAAACCAGAUGGCACAAUUGGUAUACUUUUUUAUUUAUUUACAGAUAGCCAGAGGCACACUCCAACAGUCAGACAUUAAUUUACAAAUUAAGCAUUUGUGUUUAGUUGGUCCGCCAGAUCAGAGGCAGUAGAGAUGACAAGGAUGUACUCUUGAUAAGUGUGUGAAUUGGACCAUUUUCCUGUCAAAAUGUGACAAGUACUUUUGGGUAUCAGAGAAAAUGUAUGAAGUAAAAAGUACAUUAUUUUCUUUAGGAAUGUAGUAAAUGUAAAGGAAAAAGUAGUCAACAAUAUAAAUAGUGAUGUGCAGAUACCCACAAAAACGACUUAAGUAAAAAUACUUUAAAGUAUUACUUAAGUACUUUACACCAUUGAGACUUUUAUCUGUAGCCCCUGUUUACUGUUGAUUGUGUAACAUCUACGUAUUUAGCAAUGACUGACCCUAUUUAGUGUCAUGUUUGUCAUGUAAUCAAAUCAUUGUUCUCUUUUUUUCCAAGAAGUCACUUUGCCAUUCGGAUCUUCUUAUGUUUUUAUUUUUCCCUCUUGAUAUUCUAAAUCCCAUGUUGCCAGUAGAGUAUCCUUCAACGCUUAAGUUCAUUUCCUAAUUCCAAACUAUUUAAAGGAAAAUUACUCUCCAAAAGUAGUUUUAUGGAUCAAAGAGCACAACAUAUUUGAGUUUACAUCAAGGAAUAUGCAUCAAUGUCUAGCUCUCAGAGGGGACAGUAAUAAGGUGAGAAUUAUGGGUAAAUUGGCUCACUAACAACAUCUUAUGGCAUAUGACUUCACAUAAAUCCUAUUGAAUUUCUGCUGUGGCAGUAUUACAUGGGCUGUUUCUAAUUUUAAGCUGUAACAAUGGGUAAAAUUGCUUUUCCGUGGACAGGAACGCAAGCGGCUAGUAUAUUCAUUCCCUACAUAGUAGUAAAGGAAUGUGCAGCUAUUUGUUUUGCAUGUACAUAUUCUGUUUUCAUGUAUUCAAUGUGUUUGCUGAUGUAUUACAACUUUGGAUAGUACAAGCAAAUGUCUGAUUGUGUUUUGCAUAAAAACAAACGUUCCCUCUCA